ACACAGAAAAAUGAGUCGUGACCAUUUUGGCGGCGAAGAUACGGAGCUUGUAACGUCCGAAGAUGAAAUAGAGAGUUAUUGUGAUUCCGAGUUAAAUUGUAGUGAUAUUAGUGAGACACCUUGCAAUAAUGGCGAUAAAAAUCCACAAUCAAGUGAAAAUAUUUCUUGUUCAAGUACAUUAUCAAAGUCUGAUAGAAAUUGUCCAUUUAGCAUAGACAGCAUAUUGGGACGAUCGAAUAACUUACAUAAAUAUCAUUCAGAUACGUCAGUGAUUAACAGCAACAACACAACUACGAUAACGAAAUCGUCAUCCAGUCAAUUGUCAUCUCCAGAUGUUUCAUCUAUCGAUUUUGGAAAUAUUUUAAACCAUGGCGUCAAUUCAAUACCUGGCUACGAUAAUAAUAUAAAGCGUUUACAUCCGUUAGUAAAUUAUGGAGGGUUAAACUCGGCUCCUGUUAUUUACAGCAACUGGAUUGGUCUGCCAACAAAACCAAUGAUCGGAACACAUUUCAAUCAUUUGCAUCAUCAUCACUUAAUGGGACUUCAAGCAAAGCGAUUUCGUAAACAAGGAAUAGAUCGUAAACCGCGACAGGCAUACAGUGCAAAGCAACUAGAAAGACUAGAAAAUGAAUUUAAACAAGAUAAAUAUUUAAGUGUCAGCAAACGAAUGGAACUAUCAAAAUCAUUGAACUUAACAGAGGUGCAAAUAAAGACAUGGUUUCAAAACAGACGUACCAAAUGGAAAAAACAGUUGACGUCCCGUUUAAAGAUCGCCCAACGGCAAGGAGUAUAUGAGAAUAAUCUUUACUUAACAAAUGUUGUAAAUGGUUCGAAUUUAGUCGUACAACCCAAUGCAGCACCGCCACCUUCUGCAAACACAAUUCCAGCAAUAUUUCCUCCCUACUAUGCAUCGGCAUUUUGUUUUGCUAACAAUUUGCUAUUCCCAAAAUCCCUAACAGCGGCCAACAAUUAUCUUAUUAAUUCUCAGUGCGAUAAUACAUCAAAUAUUACACUAAAAUCUACAAAUAAUAACCAAUCACUGGCUCUAAUUGCAAACACAAGUCCAUCAUAA